AACGCACUUCCGUUGAAAGCAUCAAGAUGUGCAAGCAAAAUGGCCGAUAACCCAGUUCAAAAAUGACUGAGAUAUGUUUUUAUGGGUUUAUCUUCCUUGCAAGCUCACUAGUUUCAAUGUUAUUCCCGGCUGUAGUCCAACGUUCCCCAGUCUCUCCACGAUGUUGUCGCUGCUGGGAACAAGUCACACUGCAUAACUUAUGGACAUCACAGGCGCCAUAUUGUGCCUGGUUGUCGUCAUGAUCGUUUCCGACCACGUGACAGUACGAGGAGAAGAAGGAGUCUGUGACGACACUCCUUGUCUAAACGGAGGACAGUGCAUUGACCUAAGCUAUCCUGGAGGACCUCAAGAGUUCAAAUGUUCUUGUCGAGAAGGUUUUAGAGGUUUGACUUGUCAGAAGCGAAUCGAACCUUGCGCAGAAGAACCUUGCUUCAACGGCGGCUCUUGCGUACCCAAUGGGGAACACUAUCACUGCGUUUGUAAAGAAAACUUCGAAGGUAAAAACUGCGACACAUCGAAGUUCGUCAAGGAGACAUGCAGCGACAAACCUUGCGGUGCUCACGGGGUGUGCGAAAUGGUCAAUGAUGAUUUUAUUUGUGAGUGUUUCCCCGGGUACCAGGGGCCUAGGUGUGAGAAGGCCGACCCUGAAGUAGAAGCCCAAGCUGAAGCCAAGGAGGCCGAAGAUGGCGACAAACCAUCGGCUGCUGCCGCGGUGGACGAGAAGGCGACCUGGGACAUCCGGAACAUGCUCAUCUCUCUCUUUGUCCUCUUCCUAUUGUUCGUAGUGGUGCUGCUCUUACUGUGCAUACACUGCUCCAGAGUUUACAAACGGAGGACCAAGAUCGUCAACGUUCGGAAAGCUCGUAGGGCUGCUGGCCUUCCACAACCCCCGCUGCCUGGAUGGCUUGAGACAAGUAACAAGUUGUGUAAUGAAUGCAUGUGUUAUCUCUGCCUGACCCCUGAGAGAGACACAGCUAUCAGAGAACGUAACCUAGUGGACAAUCAGACCUUCACAUCACAGGACAGAGAGCUCGUGUCUUACGCAUCACGAGACCGUGAUUACGACCUACCCUAUACGUCUAGCGACCGAGAUCAUAAAACGCACUUCACAUCCCGUGACCGAGAGUACGACCUACCCUAUACAUCUAGCGAUCGUGCGCACAGUACCCACUUCACAUCUCAUGACCGAGAGCGCGAUUCGCCCCUCACACCUCAUGAGCGAGAGCGCCAUUCGCCCCUCACACCUCAUGACCGAGAGCGUCAUUCGCCCUACUCACACCGAACACGAUUUACAGAUUCUCCAGAACCUACUGCUUUGUACACCCCCAGCCCUGUUCAUGGUAAAGAAUUUUACGCCUUUGAAGAUCCCAACGAUCCAAGACUUUCGCCGAAUACAACUCCAAAUGUGAACGAAAACAAAAUGUAUAAAAACUACAACAGAAAUUACAAGUACAAAGUAGGCAGGGAGCCGAGGCAAUUCCUUAGACAGCAGCAGACUUCACGGAAAUCCUCCGGGCGGCGUUACAUUUACAAAAAGAAACAGUUGAUACCCAUCAACUACGACGACGACUUCGAUGAUGAUGACAGUGACGAAGACAGUGACGAAGACACGGAUGAUGAAUACACAGCAUUCAAAAAGGCCCCCAGGGGACUCCUGCCUGGAUUCCAGAGAGUCACCCCAGAUAAAAAGCCUCGGAAACCGCCAACGCACUACAUCUCCAAGAGCGUGCCGGCAAUCCGUGAGAACAGGCGAGUCAUCAAGACCAAACACUCCAGGGCCUUGAGCCCGCAGUUUCCUUUUCGCCCUAGGCAGUCGACCUGGUGGGAGAAUACGAAUCGCCAACCUUGCAUAGAUAACUUAGAUAUGGAUCAAAGCGAAUAUUCAGCCGCUUGCGGAGACACAGACGAGAACAUGGGCGAAAGUUCGGAGGAUGAAAACCACGCCACGAACCUGCAGUUUGACGAUGACGGCUACAUCUCCACAAGCAGGUUGUCAGAGAGCGACGCUGGUGGCAGGUGCAGGGACCCGCAGAGCAUGCAUUUGUGCACAGAGAUUGCUGGCCAAAACUACAGAGCCCGGCAACAAAAAAGGCAACAUAUGUCUGGUCAGAGACCGAUGAUGGAAUGGACCGACGAAGGAGGCGGACAAAGCUUUGAGCGUUUGAAUGACGAACCAGAGGACGAUGAGAGCUCUAGGCGCUUCAUUGGGACCUAUACCGACAAAUCUAAGAACAUGGACUCUAAUUGUGGAGAGUACAAACAGAUCAAAAGCAUUUUGAAGAAAACUAAAGCGACUCCAAAACCAAAGGAAACAGUCAUUCACGUUCGGCCAGGUAUGGUGGACGGACAGUGUAAGCCCCAAAUAUACAGAGAAGUCUGCAGAGAUCACGAAACCAGGUCGCCGAGGAAUUUAGUGGAAUACAAGCAUCACGUGAACAGAAAUCCACACAGAAAUGACUUCGAUAGAUGGCGUAGCCAUAAACGUCUUGCUUAUCCUCCAACAUACCCCCCUCCUACGUAUGAAGACGUGGCAUAUUCGUGAACUGCACAAUUAAUAUGAAGAAAAGAAAGAAGUUAUAAUGCUUUUAAGAAAGACAAAACCGAAUUAUUGCGUCUCCCAAUGUCGUUUGGUUUAUCUAAACAGAAUUUGAUAAAGAGUUAUUGACAAUGAAGUAUCAUCUGAGAAGAUGACUUGUUGUUUCUCACACUGGCUGGCGAGAGCUACAAAUUAAAUGAUCGAGCCGUUACUAGAUCAAGUGAUUAUUGUGAGACCAUCAGGAAAAAAUCUACAAUAUAACUGAAAUCUCAAAGCAAAGUGCAAGAAAUAAAAUGUAACAUCAAUGUCCAAGCAACUGAAAAGAAUGUGUCUAAACUAGUCAACUCAAUUGUUUCGACCUAACCAUCUUUGUCAACAUAUCUAAAUCCUUUUAAAGUUCGACCAUUCGGGUAGAAUCGGAGAAGUAAGGUUCAUAUAAUAUCUGUUGUCGUAGCUUAUUGUGAUAAAUGCGGUAUCGUGCAUUCAGAGCAACCUAUUACAAUGUGAGAACUCAGGGCGGACAUCGGCCACAUAGCAGUAUAGUUAUUAGAGCCCUCUAAAAUUAUCAUAAAAGUCUAAAGUUACCAAAAUAAUCGAGCACAGUGUGAGCACUCAGGAAAGAACUUCAACCACGGAUAAUUAUAAAGUUAUUAGAGAAGUUUGAAUUUAUCAGAGCAGUCUAUUUCGAUGCGAGCACUCAGGGAAGACUUCGGCCACGGAAUCAUCUAUAGAAAGUAAAGCAGUCUAGUCUAAUGCGGUGUGGACAUUCUCAGGGAAAACAUCGGCCAUGGAGCCAUCUAUAGAAAGCAAACCUGGCGAAUGCAGUGUAAAUAUUCUCUGGAAAGACUUCAUCCACGAAGCCAUCUAUAGAAAACAAACCAGGCUUAUGCAAUGUGAACACUCAGGGAAGACUUUGGCCUUGGAGCAGACUAUUGCAGUCUUUUGCAAACAGAUGUAAAUUUGAGACAUAGCUGUCCCUCCAGGCAUAGAAUUGUUUUUCUUACAUGUAAACAUUUGAACACUUUAGUCAAAGCUCACGAUUGAUGAUGAAAACGUAAUACCAAUUGUUUUUAAUUGAAACACGAAUAUAAGGACUCUAUGACUGACUGAUUAACAUAAGAAUAUAAGGACUCUAUGACUGAUUGACAUAAGAAAUCUUGAUGUACCUUUGUUUUCAUUUUAAUGAACUAUAAAUAUUUAUAUAGACAUUUAGCAUUUGUUAACAUUUAGAACAACACUAUGUGUGUGUGUUUUUUUUAAGCUAUUGGCAAUGUAUUUAUAUGAUGUUUUAUUCCGUCGCUGUGUUUAUUUAUAACAAGUUUUACAAUGAAGAACUAAGAACUAAGUUUUGAUGUAAUAUUGAGUUUUUGUUGAUUUCUUCAUGUACAUCAAUUUGUAUUGUUCACGUUAAAAAUCUCAAUUUUACACACGUUAAAAGCCUAGCUGUUAUAAAACUAGAAUUUGGGCACACAUGGAAGUCAAUGACAAAGCAGAUAUACUGACCAAAGAUGAGUAACACAAGACUUCUGUGGGAGUGUCUAAGGGAGUUCGAGAGCAUUGCUAUUGCAAAGAGAGCUUCCACGACCUUGUCAAAAUCCAGGCGCCGUUCCUCAAGGAACCGUUUC